AUGGCUGAUAGGAAAAGAGGCAGAGACGAGCUGGAUGCGGCAGGCGCCGGCUGGAGUAUAUGCGAGGGAUUGCUAACACCGGACAGGACGCCAGCGGCAUGCUCUAAAAAGGUCCAGCUGCGCAGAAUCACGUCCGAAUUGCAUGAGAGAACGGUGAAUCUGAUGAUGAACGCCAGUCGUGAGCUGUCCCGGCGCGAGCGCAUGGUAGAGCACAUGGGCAGCCAGUCCGGCACAGAGGAGCAGGAGCAGAUAGAUAGCCCCACAACCGACAGUCAGAACACCUACCACCAACGGCCGUAUUGGCCCAGCGCGCCGCGACUGGCACACACCUGA